AUGGGCCAGGUGUCUGCCAGCCAGAAGCUUUCCAUGCGAUCUGACAAGUCCCCCGCAGCCGUUGCUCUGGAAACGGCGACAUCUUCCAGACCCCCAUUCCCAUACGAGGUUAUGUCAUCUCCUCAAAUAGCUGUGAACAUCUCCCAGGCUGAUGCCCCUGAAAAAUCAUGCUGGGACCCUGCCUUGAAUUAUUUCGGCUGGGAUUGGCAUAUACAAGUCGAUAAAACAAGACAGGUUAUCACCUUUUUCUCAACGACAACAUGGCCAUCACAGUUAUAUGCAGUGCGGAAAGGCGACAUCCAAGUUAUUUGGUUUCCGCUCUUUUGGCAGGUAAUUUUUGAAAUCUCUCUCGAAGAACCAAAAUCAAGUUCAUCCAUUGGGUGCGGGCGUCUCCCGGCCGAGUUCCAGAGACUGGUUAGGCGUGUUGCCCUACGACAGGCCUCUAAACGAGGGGGCAUCUGCCACAAUCUCUCUCCCCUUUGUCAACAACCUACAACCUCUCCUGCAAUCCCGCUCAUUCGUACAGGAACAAUUCCUACCAAUUUCGUUGACUCGAGACUGGCUUCCUCCCUCGACCGCAAACUACUCCCUCCCCCUCCCAAUCAUGCUCUCCGUCCACAAUCUCAGCCUCGAUUCCGCAAUUCCUUAAGACCAGAUCGCGAGCACCCAGUGGCUCCAGUCGAUCCUCUCGAUCCUCCACCCUCGUUUUCCUCCUCAAUUCCCUCCCCCCCUCCAUUCACCGUGGUCCCCCCGUCACCGUUCCCAUCAUCCGAUACCUCCACCUCCACAUCCUGCGACACAUCCUGCGAUGUGGUUUCGGCCCUCCAUCCUCGAGUCGCUGUAAUAUUGGGCGUUGAUCGCCGCUGGUAUAUCCCCUUGUUAUUCUGUCGGGGUCUCAGCGUCCUACCCGCAGCAUGGUGGGGGCUACGAUGUGCAUUCAUGUUCCUGGCAGAGCUUCUGCGUAUCAGGCCCCAGUUUUGGCAUGAGGGAUGGACAGCAGCUAUUGUGAUGAGCACUUCGGGCGAUUGGGAUGUGGAGAGGAGGUUCAGAGUUAUAGAAGUGGCAUUGGCCAUUAUCUGGUGUUCAGCAUCGGCAUAUUUGUUCUACUUCUUCACGGAUUGUAUGAUGUCUAGAUGGCUUCUUAAUUAUGCACCUCCUGCUGUUGUGAUUCGACUUUUGGCUACAAAUGGUCUUCUUGCCUACCUCACUUCAUGGAUUCUCUACCUAUCAGGGGCAUCCUCGGAUCCCCGCCUCCUGCUUCCGGCAUGGAUAUCAAUCGCAUCGGUCCUCUCUUUUGUCUACCACAUCACCCAGCGCCAAAUUAAUGUUAAGAAAGAAACAUUUGCUACAAUCUACGUCUUCUCAAUUGCAAGCUUUAUCAGUAUGUGCUCUUUGCUUCUACAGCUGCACCUCACACGUGAGAAUGAGCCUGAAGUCCCCUUAUUCGUUAUGGGUAAAAAGGCAUUGGAAAUUGGCACGGAAAUAAUUGCUGAAUACAGGCAGAACUGA